UAACAACAUUCAUAUCUACUGGCAGUCGUCCAAUCAGCAGUAUUUAGUGUCUGGGCACCGCCACAGGGCACUGCAAAGUGGUUGACCCGGUCGGUGGCUAGGUGGCCAUAUCUAUUUAUAUGAGAUCAUACCCUUCUGCUGGAACCAUAGUGAACGAACGACGUUGCCAUCUCCAAAUUUCUGUCCCUUCUUCUUUAACUGUACUCACGAGUCUGAUACAAGAAAACGAUUGAUCCUUCGCUAUCGACGUACUUGGAUAUAUUGUUGUUGGCCGUCCCUAAGACCCGAGUCGGCUCCCUUCAUCUCUUUCCUCUCCAUGUCAUUUGCCCCGCCUCCCGGACCUCCGCCGCCUUCCAUCCCAGAAGGAUGGAAGGCUCAAUAUGACGACCGCUACAAGCAAUGGUUCUUUGUGAACUUGCACACAGGCAAAUCCCAAUGGGAACGUCCUGAGGGUCCAGCGCAGAAAGAAGAGCAGCAUGCUCCGCCAAGCGGGCCGCCACCGUCAUACGAUGACUCUGGUCCUGCAAAUCCGUCUGUUCAGGCUGCCGCAACUGACGACAAGAAGACGCUGGGGUCGAACAAUCCCUACAGCCAAGCAGAACCCAGCAAUGAUACCCUGGAGAGCGAUGCCCGGCUCGCUGCCCAGCUACAGGCUGAAGAAGAUGCUCGAGCUCAAAGCAGAAGCCCUGCGCAUCCCGGCGCGGCGGCAGACUACUACAGCGGAAGCUCCAGGCCGCUGUCCUCAACGGGUUAUCAGCCGUCACAGGGUCCUGCGCCGGCCCCUGAACCGAAGCGCAGCAGAGGCUUUUUGAGCAAGUUGAUGGGUAAAAGCUCAAGCAGUAGUGGUAGCUCUCACUUUGGAAGACCGCCUGUUGCUCAGCAACAACCUUACGGGUAUCAGCAAGGAAGCUACUAUGGGGGUGGCUACCCCCGCAACCGCAGCCCGCAGGCUAUGGAUAUCCUCAGUACCCGCCACAGGGCGGCCACUAUCCCGGAGCGGUGCCACCGCGGCGGGGCGGCGGAAUGGGCACUGCAGGCGCUGCCGCUUUGGGUGUGGGAGGCGGUUUGCUCGGCGGUGCUCUGCUCGCAGAAGCAUUCGACGAUGACCAUGGGGACACAAUCGUCAAUAACUAUGGUGAUGAUUACGGUGGUGACGUCGGCGGCGGCGAUGACUUUGGUGGUGACUUUUGAGUUUGCUGAAAUGUGCGCCGCUGUGUUGGCGCUUGUCCUCACCUGUCUUGAUUUCAGUUUCUUAGUUGAUGGGUCACGAGAGCGCGGUCUUAAUUGUCCGUUCUCGCCUGCUGCGUCUGUCCCAGAUGCUCUAAGCGUAUCAAUAGAUGCGCAUGUACACAGACUUGUUUCUGAUCGUUUUCCCGAUGAUAUGAUGUUGAUGAUGGUCAUGUAAAUAGUAUUCUUGCUUGUGUUCUAUUACUUACUUUUUAUACUCCCAUACCGGUUGGUUGAGAUCCGUUAUGUAGCCGGUAAUAGAGUCAACUCGACUGAUAUCAUAGGAAUUAUCUUUGCGAGCAGC